AUGAGUGAGGCACCAAUAUUGUCGUAUAAAAAGCCAAGUUCUAACAAGAAUUCUUUCUCAGUUUCUGGAUCUACCCCAUCUACACCAGUAUUAUCUCAUUCGGGAUCACCAGUUCCACCAGCGAUCCAACUGCCAGCAUCAAUUGAUUCUCCACGAUCGUCAACUCUGACAACGAAUGCAGGAUCAUCUACUAGAAAGGUGUCAGCAAGGAGAAAAGCAUUACAAGAUUUUUACCAUUUAAAUAGCAAUCAAGACAAAGUCCCAUCAAAUGGCAACGACACCACCAAUGAGGAUGCUUCGAACAAGUCCAAUCUCAAUGAUAUUGAGAACUUAAUUAAAACUGCACCAAUUGAAGAAAUUUUGAAAAUACGAAAUGAUUUGACAGCAAAGUUAAAUUCAUCUAAUCAAACUAAAAAGUCAAUAAUUUAUGAUAAUUACUAUGAAUUGAUCAAACUAAGUAAUACUUUAUCGGAUUUGUCCACAUCGAAACCAAAGAGGAAAUCAGUUUCAACAGGGUUAAAAAUAUUUACUGAUGAUGAAGAUAAGCGAGAGGGUGAUGGGGAUAAAAAGCUGACUGAAUUGACAAAAGAGGAGUAUGUUGACCAGGUUCUUAAAGAAUUAUCUGAAUUUGCUACUACAGAGGCCCCGACUUUCAAUGGAACGUUUAAUGAAGUACUUGGAAAAUUAAAAGAGCAAGAUGAAGCUGAUAAUUCCAGCAUGGUUGUAUUGAAUGAUGAUAAGCUAACAGAGAAAAUAGAAUCUCCUGAAGAUAUAGCAAAACAGAUAAGCCACAUUAACUAUAUAUUAAAUUUGUCAUUAAGGAUGAAUGUUGAUGAAACAGAACGGGAACAAGCAAUUGAAUAUAUCGAUAAAGUUAUUUCGGAUAAUCCUGAAAAUGAAAUUUUAUCAUUACAAUUAGGUAAAAUAAAACACGAUAUCACUACCUAA